AUGAAAGCCGACAUGGAGGUCGAGUCACGCUUGCUUGACCAGCGGAACACCAGCGGGGCUGGAUCCAACCAAACGGUCCGCAUUAACAGCAAUAUGCACGACGAGCGCAUGUCUGAGAGAGAGAAAGAGCGUGAGAAUUCUAUCCAGAUUACGCCAAAAGAGCUUUUCAAGGAGUUUGACGUUGCUAUGAAGGUGCCAAUUGAGUCGCGCAUCCGCAACACGGACCUGCGAUGA